CGUACACCCACAGCGACUACCGGGGUCCUCGCGCCACGGCCGUAUGGAACACUAGAGUUCUGUGGCAAAGCUCAAUCUGGCCACGUCCCCGAAAGUCGCGACCAGGUUGAGCUUUGCCGUAGACCUUCAGUGUUCCAUACGGCCGCGGCGAGAGCACCCCGAGGGUCGCUGCGCAUGUACGUCCCCUGCGGGACCCCAAAAGUCGCGUUGCGCAUAUGGACGUAACGGGACCUCGAAAGCUGCAGCCCAUGUACGCCAGCAUCGCAUCGAAACAAUUUGCCUGGGGCCCGAAAGUCGCUGCACGGGUGAGCUUUGCCAUGGAGCUUCAGUGCUCCGUACCGCCGCAGCAAGAGGACCCCGAGGGUCAUUCCGCAUGUAUGACCGCAUGGGGACCCCGAACGUCGCGCUGCGCAUACGGACGUGACGGGACCUCGAAAGCUGCAGCCCAUGUACGCCCACGCCGCAUCGGGACAAUAUGCCUGGGCCCUGAAAGUCGCUACAAUGGUGAGCAUUGCCAUCGAACUUCAGAGUUCCGUGCGGCCGUGGGAAGAGGACCCCAAGAGUCGCUGCACGUGUACGGGCACGACGGGACCCCAAACGACGUAUUGCACGUACGGAAAUCACAGGACCUCGAAAGCUGCAGCCCAUAUACGUGCGUGCCACAUCGGAACAAUUUGCCUGUGAAGCGCACUGGUGCUUUAAUUAAACACAAGUGGAUCAGUCGCAGCUACGGUGCCGCGGUGGAGGGAGAGCAAACUCGGAGAAGAGAKGGGGGGGGGGGGGGSGAGGGGAGAAGAWAAGAAGGAGAAGGCAAAGAGGUCGACAAUCCAAAAUUCAGAGGGCAAAUUCGCCGAAUUGAGACAGAACGAAUGCAUGGAGAAAUUCACAACCAUGAAGAGGACACGAUGAUAAUGAAGAUGAUGACGAUGACGACGAUGAUGGAUGAAUGGAUGAUAAUGAAGAUGAUGAAGAUGAUGAUGACAAUGACGGAUGGUAAUGAUGAAGAGGAAGACGAUGACGACCAUGACGAUGACGAUUACGAUCAAAAUGGCAUCUAGACCUGUCUGAGCAUGACAAUGAUUGAAGCAAAACCAAGAUUAGUCAAUGGACACAUAUGCACACUCCAGAUACAAUCGUCUCUGGUGGGUAUGAUGGCGACCAAUAUGAUUAUAUGCAUUGUGAAAAUAUCCGAGCAUUCGAAUCGUUUAGAACUCAAUACAAAGGGGGAGGCGGGGGGAAACAAAUAGCAUGGUGUUUA